UGCUAAUUAUGAGUGGGGAGUUUUGAGCGUCCCCUCUAGCUAGAUACAUAUCGGAAUGUGCUUUGUGAAUACCAGUUCAUAAACGAGUUUGGUUCGGAGUGAAUCCCAAAAAGAUAGUUCCUUCAAUUUUUUCAACAGUUAUUUGAAAAAUGUAUAAAAGGGCAGGACAGCUAAACGUCACAAAUAUAUUGAUAUUUGUCUUCCUUUCCUUACUACUUUUAGUAUUUAUCUUGUUCGCCAAAUGGUACCUAGAAGUCAGGAAGAAAAAUGCGAGAAUUUUUAGAAUACUAAGCAAUUAUAGGACACCUCCCUAUCUUCCUAUAUUAGGACAUGCCUUAAGGGUCAUGGGAACGGCUCAACAAAUACACGAAAGUAUAGUUGAGAUUAGCAACGAGUAUGGCCCAAAUUACGUGAUAUGGUUGGUGCACCAGGUGAUGGCCGUCAUUGGAAAACCGGAGGACUUGGAAAAGGUACUCCAGAGCCAAUAUUGCGUGGAGAAGAACGAGCUAUACCGUUUCACCAACGACGUGGUUGGCACAGGUCUAUUCUCUGCCCCAGAGGAAAAAUGGCGCAAAAAUAGGAAGAUCAUAAAUCCCGUAUUCAGAGCCAAGAUACUGGAGGGAUACAUGCCCAUUUUCCACGAGAAUGCGAAGAGAUUGAUUGAUGAAACGCUGCCAAAGUUCGCCUAUAGGAAGGAUGUGGACUGGCAUUUAGUCUUCACAGGAGCAAACGUAGAAGUCAUCAUGCAAACUGCUACUGGGCCUGAAAUCGAUAUAAGAGCCAAAGGUUCGGUGUUUGGACGAUGGAUGGAGACUUCCAUGAGGGCAAUCAUAAUGCGUAUGCUUCAGGUGUUAUACCAUCCCGACUUUAUUUUCUACAGAACGAAGCUUGGAAAAGCGAUGCUGGACAGUAGAUACAAAAUCUGGGAGUUCGCAGAUGAGAUUAUUGCCGAUAAGGUAAGAAAAUUCAAGGAGGAGGUAGCUGAUGAUUCGUACCAACCAGUUUUCGAAGACAGUUAUACAGGACCGAUUGGAAAGAAAGUGUUUCUGGACUUUCUGCUAGAAUUAGACCACAAAGGCCACAAAUUCUCCCUCGAAGAUCUAAGGGAUGAAGUGACCACUUUCUUGGUUGGAGGAACUGACACGUCCAGCAUCACUGCAGCUUUUUUCCUGAUCAUGAUGGGUAUGCAUCAGGACAUACAGGAGAAAGUUUACGAAGAAGUCAUGGACGUGUUGGGACCAGACAAUUUCCCAACUACGCAAGAUCUAAACAAGCUGCAACUCAUGGAAAGAUGCCUCAAAGAAACAAUGAGGCUAUUUUCUCCAGCCCCUUUCAUAAUACGCAGGAACAAAAAAGACUUGAAGAUAUCCGAUGGUGUUAUACCAGAGGGAGCUAAUAUAGGUAUUAACCUAUUUUACCUCCAUCGAAGUGAGCUCUACUGGGAGAAUCCUAUGAAAUUCGACCCAGAUCGAUUUACAUCCGAGGAGAUAGCUAAAAGACAUCCCUACACUUACAUACCUUUCUCGGCUGGUUUGAGAGGGUGUAUAGGUCAAAAGUACGCAAUGAACAACUUGAAGAUACAAAUGAGCGUCACUUUACGUAAGUUCAAAGCGUUUUCCGACGCCUACAAAUCCAUAGAAGACAUCGAGUUGGAGAACUUGAUGGUUGUGAGGCCUGUUCAUGGAUUCAAGUUUUGGUUGGAAAAUAGAGAAUCCUCUUCCAAAAUGUAUAAAAGGGCAGGACAGUUAAACGUCACAAAUAUAUUGCUACUCGUCUUCCUUUCUCUACUACUUUUAGUAUUUCUCUUGUUCGUCAAUUGGUACCUAGAGAACAGAAGGAAAAAUGCAAGAAUUUUCCGAAUACUCGGCAACAAUUUUAGGAUCCCGCCCUAUUUGCCUAUAUUGGGACAUGCCCUAAGGUUCACAGGUACAUGCCAACAAAUGCACGAGAGUUUGGCCGAGUGUUGCUUCGAGUAUGGUCCAAAUUUCGUGGUAUGGUUGGUGCACCAGGUGAUAGCCAUCAUUGGAAAACCGGAGGAUGUGGAGAAGGUACUCCAGAGCCAGAACUGCGUGGAGAAGAAUGAGCUAUACCGUUUCACCAACGACGUGGUUGGCACAGGUCUAUUCUCUGCACCAGAGCAAAAAUGGCGUAAGAAUAGAAAGAUCAUAAAUCCUGUAUUCAGAGCCACUAUACUCGAUGGUUACCUACCAACUUUCUGUGCUAACGCAAGAAGAUUGGUUGAGGAAUUACUGCCCCAGCACGUGAAUGACAAGAAUGCCGACUGGCACAAGGUUUUGACGUCAGCAAAUUUAGAAGUCAUUAUGACAACUGCGGCUGGACAUGACAUCGAUGUAAGGACAAAAGGUUCGAUGUUUGGACAAUGGAUGGAGACUUCUAUGAGGCAAAUUGUCAUACGUAUGGUACAAGUCUUGUACCAUCCGGACUUCAUUUUCUUCAAAACGAAAUAUGGAAAGACGCUACACGAAAACAAAUUGAAAAUCUGGGAAUUUGCAGACGGGAUCAUCGCCGAUAAGAGACAAAAAUUCAAGGAGGAGUUAGCCAAUAACACUUACCAACCAGUUUUCGAAGACAGUUAUACAGGACCGAUUGGAAAGAAAGUCUUUCUGGACUUUCUGCUUGAACUAGACCACAAAGGUCACAAAUUCUCCAACGUAGAUCUAAGGGACGAACUGACAACUUUCUUGGUUGGUGGAACCGACACGUCCAGCAUCUCUGCAGCUUUUUUCCUGACCAUGAUGGGUAUGCAUCCUGACAUACAGGAGAAAGUUUACGAAGAAGUCAUGACUGUGUUGGGACCCAACGACUAUCCAACCACCCAAGAUCUGAACAACCUACAAUACGUGGAAAGAUGCCUCAAGGAGACAAUGAGGCUAUUUUCUCCAGCUCCUAUACUAUUACGCAGGAACAAAAAAGACUUGAAGAUAUCCGAUGGUGUUAUACCGGAGGGAGCUGAUAUUGGAAUUAACUGCUUUUACCUCCAUCGAAGUGAGCUCUACUGGAAGGAUCCUCUAAAAUUCGACCCUGAUCGUUUUUCUUCCGAGGAGAUAGCUAAGAGACACCCCUAUACUUUCAUACCUUUCUCCGCGGGUUUGAGAGGGUGCAUAGGUUACAGAUACGCAUUGAUGAUGAUGAAAGUGAUACUGUCGAAAAUUGUAAGAAAAUUCAAGUUCAAGACGGGCUAUAAAAGCAUAGAGGAAAUACAACUGAAGAUCAACCUGAUGAUGAGACCAACAUAUGGGUUCAAAGUCACUUUGGAACCCAGGGAAUGAAAUGCACACGAAGCGAAACAUUUUGCGUGAAAAACAAAACUGUAUAAAUUCGGAUAAUAAAAAUAAUUUUUGAAA